ACGUGACACACACACCAACCAUAGAAAUGCGUAUUGUUAUUGCCUAGAAAGUGUGCCGGGUCAAGUGGAAUUGAGUAGGCUUUUAUAUAAAUGCAGUGCCAGCUAAAAAAACUCAGUUGCUUAUUGGUGCACAGUGGAAGUGGAGCUUCUCUUAAUCCCUUACAUCAACUGCUCUGCUCUACACUCCUCAGCUCACAUGUACCAAAGUACUGCAAGUUUAGAGAAGCCCGGACACUUUUUGUUUACUUUCCCAUAUUUUGAAACUGUGUUUCACAGUAAACCACCAUGUUUUGGUCAAUAUUGUGCAUAACCGUUUGCUUGGCAUCCCUACUUGCUGAGGCACAGAUCUCCAAUAGGUACGUUAUCAGCUGUCCCACUCGUUGUCACAAGGCGAUGUGUCCCCGUAUGCCAGCGGAGUGCUUAGCAGGACAAGUCCUGGACCACUGCAACUGCUGCCCCGUGUGUGCCUCUGGAGAGGGCGAAGCGUGCGGCGGCAAUGGAAAGCUUGGAGACCCGGUGUGCGGAGAGGGGUUGGAGUGUUUUGUGUCCGGCGGAGUGGGGUACUCUGCCACUGUCAGAAGAAGAGGGAAGAGCGGCGUUUGCGCCUGCAAAACCAAGGACCCUGUAUGUGGUAGCGACGGUGUAUCUUACCGUAACAUCUGCGAGCUCAAGAGAGUCAGCAACCGGGCACUGAAACUUCAGCAGCCACCUGUUAUGUUCAUUCAACGGGGAGCUUGUGGGAAAGCCCAGGACAACCCAAACAGUCUGAGACACAAAUACAACUUUAUCGCUGACGUGGUGGAGAGGAUCGCCCCAGCUGUGGUUCACAUUGAACUCUAUCGCAAGAUGACAUAUUCUAAGCGGGAGGUGGCAGUGUCCAGUGGCUCAGGGUUUGUGGUGUCAGAGGAUGGACAGAUUGUGACCAACGCCCAUGUUGUGGCCAAUAAACAUCGAGUAAAGGUGGAGCUGAAGAGUGGCGCCACCUACGACGCCAAUAUCAAAGACAUGGAUGAGAAGUCCGACAUUGCACUCCUCAAGAUCGACUCACCGAUCAAGCUUCCUGUGCUGAUGUUGGGGCGUUCGUCAGACCUGAGGCCUGGGGAGUUUGUGGUGGCCAUCGGAAGCCCCUUCUCCCUCCAGAACACAGUUACCACAGGGAUAGUCAGCACAACCCAACGAGGGGGCAAGGAGCUGGGCCUACGCAACUCUGAAAUGGAAUACAUUCAGACAGACGCUAUUAUCAACUAUGGUAAUUCAGGAGGCCCUCUGGUGAAUCUGGAUGGUGAGGUGAUCGGGAUCAACACUCUGAAAGUGACGGCUGGUAUCUCAUUCGCCAUCCCCUCCGACAAGAUCCAAGAGUUCCUGACUGAAUCCUACGACAGACUGUCCCGAGGAAGAGCUGUGACAAAGAAGAGAUACAUUGGUGUGAGGAUGAUGACACUCACCCCAGCGUUAACCAAGGAGCUGAAGGUUCGACACAAAGACUUCCCCGAUGUCACCUCUGGAGCGUACGUCAUGGAGGUGAUAUCUAAAACGCCGGCCGCGGCUGGCGGUCUGAAAGAGCAUGAUGUGAUCAUCUCCAUCAACGGCCAGCAGAUCACCUCUGCAACCGACGUCAGCACCAUCAUCAAGAAGGACACCACGCUGCAGGUGGUGGUUCGCCGUGGUAACGAGGACACCAUCAUUACCAUCACUCCCAUGGAGAUCGACCCCUGACCCCCCCAGCCCCACCAAUGAGUUGGUGCUCAUUACCAUCCCCAAUAGACCUUAUGGACGUGUGCUUUUAAUCACACCCCAUGGAGUAUCUGUGGCCUUUAGGGUUUUGUGGCGCCAUGCGUCCAGCCAGGUUAAGACCGCCUUGGAAAGGAACGCUUGUAUAGAGCAUCUCAGCAGAGUUGUAAUUCCUCAUCCAUGUAUAUUACACUUAUAUUAUUAUACGCUUCUACUACUGUUUACUGUUAAACACAAGCCAGUUGACCUGUUGUGAUCUGCCUGUUUUGUUGUUUUAUACUGACUGAUUGUUCAGAUGGAGGCCCACCAUGGCAAUCUAAAACAAUGUGGAGAGCAGCUCUGGGCGAGUUGUGCAAUUAUUGUUUUCUAAAUUCCUUACCUAAGUACUGUAGUUUUAUGGUUUGUUUGUCGAUGACAUUUACGAAGAAGAUAAUAAAGACUUGUAACUGCGU